UGAACCAAGAAAAUGAUGUCUUUACAACAUUUGUCCAAGGAGUAUCAUACAAAUCGAGAAUAAAAUCCUUGUUUACGCAGUAUAAAAGUGACUUUUUGUUAUGUAGAUUGUCGAAAUGGCAACGGAACUUGAGGUCGAAAUAUCUAUUGUUGAUAUACUGGAUUAUGUCGGUGAGUCAGUAAGGCCAAUAAGGGAAGGUCACGCUGUAUUUGCCGCAAGCCAUGUAGUUUGUAUCGGUUACCGGAAAUACGAAGAAGCUUACAUUGACGUCAUAGCUUAUGUCAAUCAAAGCUCUCAUCCAGGACUCACGCCUCACACAGUGGAAUUAAAAAUCUGUUCUGAUAUCGAAAAGUGGAUCUUGAAAUGUUCCUGCAAAGCUGGUACUGCAAAGUGCAAGCAUAUAAUAGCUUGUCUCCUCCACCUCGAAAGGUAUAGAAAACUUGACUAUAUGUCUUGCACUGACGUAACGCAAGCUUGGGGUAUCACCAAGAGUCAAAAAACAGCUCCCUGGACAGCAAAACGGAUCAAUGAUUUAUGCUGUGUUAAAAUACCACAGAAAUUGAAAUAUGUUGAGAACGAACUCGAGGAACACAUAUUGUCUGAAUCCUUUGGCCGAAUAUUAUCGGUAUCUAAGGAAUCCGCAAUCUCUAAACACCGGAAUGGACGAUUUUUGAACAACUUAAAGGUAUACCCGAAUCGUGCCUUGCAGGCAGCAAGAACAACACAAAUCGACCCAUUCUGUUCGGCAGAUGAGCUUAAAAUGUGCCUAACUGACGAACGAAACAAAAUUAACAUUGUAUCUUGUGAUUCUGAUACUAAAGCGGAGUACGAUUAUUUUGAUAAUUACAUAAAAACCGGAAUCGAACAAUCUGUAACAAUUGCAAUGGAAACUAAGAAUCAGAACACGAACAAUUGGAAGAUUCAUCGAUCCAUACGUAUUACCGCAAGUAGUUGUUAUAAGCUUUACACUUACAUCAAAAACAAGAACCCAGAUUGGGACAACAAAAUCACUCAGUACUGUGACUUGAGGACACUAAAUGUAAAAGCAGUAAAACAUGGCAAAGAGGCAGAACCGUUGGCAUUUAAUUGCUACAAAAUUAAGCGAAAUCCAAUGAUGAAACAAUGUGGUUUAGUAAUUCAUCCAUAUGAGAGUUGGAUCGGUGGUUCUCCUGAUGGAUUAGACCCACUUAUGCAUAUCGUUCUGGAAAUUAAAUGUCCUGGCGAUGCUAAUUCGUCUCUGGACGAGAUCUUAUGUAGUCCAAGUGUCAAGAGAUAUGUAAAACGUUGCCCAAUAGCUGGAGAUUUGAAACUUCACAGUCACCAUUCAUAUUACUGUCAGGUGCAGAUUAACAUGUGGAUUUUGAAUUGUGACACGUGUGAUUUCAUAAUAUAUUCAAUGAAAGACGAUGACUUCAUAGUUAUUGAAGUGCCUUUUGAUACCCAUUUCGUUCAGGCUGUGGUAAACGAUUUGAAAUAUCUCUUCUUUGAAAAAAUGCUUAAGAAAUUAUUGGUACUGAGAAAAGUGUCUAACGAAUCAUCUGUUUAA